AUGGUCGUCCUGUCGCGUCGAAGCCCAAGCCAUCGCAAAGAAAACGGAAAACGAGAACCUACGAACCAAUGGCGUCUCGGCUGCAGUACUGUUGUUGUAGUAGGAAGUACACUAAACCCUCGCGUCUGGAGUCACUUCCGUAAUGGCUGGAAUACCUCCGUGCUUGCCUCGACCUUCCCCGGGAUAGAUAAAUCUAACAGUUUCAUCACUCCUGGUUUGCCCGGCGGCUGCAUUGUGGAGAUGGCAGUUUCCAAUAACUCCCGUCACGUGGCAUUGCUGUCUGACACCGGCAAGCUCUGGAUUGGCUCUUCCGACAUCCGCAUCAAGUACUGUGAAUACGAUGUGAAAAGUCAAGUGAAGCCGAAGCAGAUUGCAUGGUGUGGUACAGGAGCUGUAGUGCUACUUUGGGACAUGACACUAGAAGUAGUCAAUGUUAAUGGUGAUGCCACAAGCUACUACUUAGAUUCUGCGUCACAUCUAGUGCAGGAACCAGAUGGCGUGAGAGUUUUAGGAAGUACUGCUCAUGACCUUCUACAAAAGGUGCCACUGGUUGUGACAGAGACCUUAGGCAUUGGCUCUAUGGCUCCUGGUGCUCUCCUCCUCGAAGCAGCCAAAGGGUUUCAGGAGAGGAGCACAACAGCCAAUGAUUGUCUUGCCAUGAUUAAGGACACUCUGGAGGAGGCAGUUAACCACUGUCUACAAGCAGCGCAACAUGAGUAUCGGCCACAGACUCAGAAAAUGCUGCUUCGAGCUGCAUUGUUUGGAAAAAGCUUCUUGCCAGAGAUCAACCCAGACCCAUGUAAAAAGGCAAUUUUUACUCUCAGAGUACUCAAUGCAGUUAGGGAUUACAGAGUAGGUUUACCCCUCACUUGGAACCAGCUAGAACACCUUACCCUUCCUGUGUUACUGGACAGGCUGGUCUUUCGAAGAUUCUUCCCCCUAGCCCUUCAGAUUGCCUCAUUUCUCAAGAUGCCGGAGUCUGAUGGUGCCUCUCGCAUACUGGCACAUUGGGCUUGCUAUAAGGUAUUACAGCCAUCACAGAAAAGUGAUGAACAGAUAGCAAAAGAGAUAAACAGUAAAUUGGGCUACACGCCAGGGAUAUCAUACACUGACAUCGCUAAUCGAGCAGACCAAGCAGGCAGGAAGCAGCUUGCUAUAAAGUUGAUUGAAUAUGAGUGCAGAGCAAAGGAACAGGUCCUGGUACUGAUGAGACUAGGGGAAGACCAGACCGCACUGAGACGAGCCCUACAGAGUGGAGAUACUGACCUUAUUUAUACUGUGCUCCAUCACCUGCGGCAAAAACUCUCGUCUGGGGAUUUCUUGAUGUUCAUCCGGAAUUUCCCUGUGGCCCAAUCGCUUCACAUCCGCAGCUGUCGGGAACUGGACAUGGAGCAGCUGCGAGACAUUUUAGUGCAGGAGGACGACUUCAAUGGCCAAGCUCUCCUAAGAAUUAAAGAAGCUUACAUGUCCAAUUUGAUUGAAUAUGAGUGCAGAGCAAAGGAACAGGUCCUGGUACUGAUGAGACUAGGGGAAGACCAGACCGCACUGAGACGAGCCCUACAGAGUGGAGAUACUGACCUUAUUUAUACUGUGCUCCAUCACCUGCGGCAAAAACUCUCGUCUGGGGAUUUCUUGAUGUUCAUCCGGAAUUUCCCUGUGGCCCAAUCGCUUCACAUCCGCAGCUGUCGGGAACUGGACAUGGAGCAGCUGCGAGACAUUUUAGUGCAGGAGGACGACUUCAAUGGCCAAGCUCUCCUAAGAAUUAAAGAAGCUUACAUGUCCAAUAGAACAGAUAUGAGACAAGCUUCCCUGCAAGGUGCAGCAGAGCUCUUCAGGAAAGCUAAGAAUGAAACUGCUUGUCAGAUGACGGAGGAACAAGUCAAGCUGGUCAGGUGGCAGGUAAGACUGGAAGAUGGUCAACAUAAGCCUUACGUUAACAAAUCCCUCUACGAUACUCUGCAUCAGCUGUUAAUUGACGGACAAAUCAAAGAAGCCGAGAAGUUGAAAACUGAAUUCAAAAUACCGGAAAGGAGGUAUAUAUUUUUUAUGAGGUAUUUUAUUUUCAGUGUACCACACUUUCUAGCUGUUAUAACAUACUUUUUAGAGUUACUCUUAGAAGAGGCGGUGAAAGUGGCACAGGAACAGCGCAGUGCAAUGGGCCUAAGUGAGGUCCUGGCAGCGUGUGGCUCUCAGCACCAAGCUCUCCAGACGAAAAUCCAGCCAGAGCCUCUGAGAGCCGAGCCGGACCCCAGGGAAAGCUCGAGGCUGCAAACAGAUGACGAUCUAAUGCGCAUCAGGUUACUUGAAGGUCGUAAGUUAAGCUGUAAUGUGACUCUGUAA